AUGAGAAAUAUUAACCAACCGUUCUCAUUAGAAGUUCCUUUUAUUUUAAGUGAAUUUAAAUCCGUGAAACAGUUGUCAGAAGCUUGUCAAUGUUUAUCUUUAUUUUAUCCGUAUAUUCAUGAUCAAUUGCAUAAUGUGGAAAACAGAACAGUAGAAAGUAAUAGCAAAACGAAAGUUAAUUCAAAGCGUGUGGAAAUCAACGAACCUGAAUAUUCUGCCGAUGAAAGUGAAUCUAUGUUAUGUUCGAUUUGUUUUGAAGUCUAUGGCAAUGCGGGUGAACAUAGGUUAGUUUCUCUCAAAUGUGGUCACUUAUUUGGAUUUUCAUGUAUUCGACGAUGGAUACGUACGGAAAAGAAUGCAAAGUGUCCACAAUGUAAAGCUCGAGCGCGAGUUGGCGAUAUUCGACGCGUGUUUGCUGCAACUGUCAAGAUGGCAGAUACUACAGAAUUGGAACGAGUUAAAGAAAUGAACGAUGCAAUAAGAGCGGAAAAUGAAUGUCUAAAAUUGGAAAUUUAUAAACUGAAAAAGAAACUUGAGGAAAAGUGUGAAACUAUGAAGGCAGUUGCUGAAUCGAAGAAUGGUUUUCCUUCAAUUACUAAUUAUUUUAACUUUUUGGAUAUGAAACAUAUUAAAUUGUCAGAAGAAGCCGGUUCUAGAUCAAUGGAUAUAAGCAGUAAUUCACUAGUAGUAACUUGCCGCGUGACUAGAGAUAUCUUCAUGCCAUAUGGUGUUAAAUUGGUACUUUUUAAAUUAUUUUUCAUCGACGAAGAUAUGCAAGUUAAGCUAGUCGUCCCUAUUCACACAAGGAAGCCACGUUGUUGUUCCAUAUCACCAUACGAUGGUACUUUGGUACUCACAAUUGGGGAAGACAAAUUGCUGUGUGUAACGAGGCUUGAAAAUAAUCCUAUUAUACUACAUAAAUUUGAACUACAAGCAAAGGGGUGGUGUUGCUGCUGGAUGAAUUCAACAAACGUUGUUGCUGGUCUCAUAAAUGGUCAGCUGAUCUCCUUUAAUCUUGAAAAUUUGGCAGAAAAUUCGAAUUUCAUCGCCAGUGAAUCUGUUCGCGUACCUAUUCUUGGCCUUCAUUCAUUGCCGGCAUUUUCUGCUUUAUUUGUUGUUACUUUAAAAAAGUGUGUAAUUUAUCGAAGUUGUACGCAGUAUGUUCUAAUUAUCAAUCAAGGUAUGGGGCAAGAUUGUUUCAUUUUAUUUUCAGGUUGUAUUAAUUCAUAUGCAUUUGAUGAUGAGACGCUAUCUUUUCUAAUUUCAUUUUCGCCAACGGAGUCUCAUCCAACUGUUAGGCAUUCAUUAUAUCGGCUUGAAAUCGAUGAAUGUAAUUGUAAAGUGCAGUUGGAAAAGACAUAUUUUAGUCGUUCCUCUGUUUUAAGUAGAAUAAUCUUUGGAUCGUUGUGGAAUACGCAAAGUGGAUUAGUAUCUGCAGUGUACGAUGAAGAAACAUCUCAGCUAGUUGGAUUUUAUUUUUCUUUUGUUGUAUUUGAUUGGGCUGGAAAACGUCCAGAAAUUAUUAGAAGAAUCGACAGUCAAAUUAUAGCGAUAAAACCUUUACGUACAAACGACCCUUCAAAAUUUCGUUUAGCAUGCCUUAGUGAAAAGGAUGUUUAUUUUCUGAAUUUAAAUUGUUAA